AUGGGCAAGCAAGUCAACCUCUACUCCUUCCCCAGCGUCGACACGCUCGCGACCGCCCUGCGCUCCUACCUGAUCUCGUGUCAGGAGGCCGGCCUCGAGCGGCACGGCGUCUUCAAGGUCGGCGUCUCGGGCGGCUCGCUGCCCAAGACGCUCGCGCAAGCGCUCCUGGCCCCGGCCAAGGACGAGUCCGACAAGGUCAAGUGGGAGAGCUGGGAGAUCUUCUUCGCGGACGAGCGCGCCGUCCCGCUCGACCACGAGGACUCCAACUACGCGCUGCUCAAGAAGGAGCUGCUCGACAAGCUGCCCCAGGGAACCCCGCAACCGACGGUGCACACCAUCGACGAAUCGGUCCUCGACGACACGCAGGAGCUGGCGGACCGGUACGAGCAGACGCUCGUCCGCUCUUUUGCUUCCCGCGACUCGGUCAAGCUGCCCAUCUUCGAUUUGCUGUUGCUGGGCUGCGGGCCCGAUGGACACACCUGCUCCCUGUUCCCCGGACACGAGCUGCUGCGCGAGACCGAGGCCUGGGUCAGCCCCAUUGAGGACUCGCCCAAGCCGCCCCCGCGCCGCAUCACCCUCACCCUUCCCGUUGUGACGCACGCGGUGCGCGUCGCGUUCGUGGCCACGGGCGGCGGCAAGAAGGAGAUCAUGAAGGAUAUCUUUGAGGAGGGCAAGGGCUUGCCGUGCGCGCUGGUGAACGAGGCGACGGGCGAGAGGUGCAGUUGGUUUGUCGACAACGCGGCGGUCGAGGGAGUGAGCUACCCCAAGAGGCCUUUCAGCCUAUAG